AUGGCAGAUCUAGAGGAUGCGGGACCAGUUGAUGAGUCCGGAUAUCGCGGAGUGCAGUUCAUAGAGCAUGGCCGCAAAUUAAACCAGUGGGAGCUUGAUCAUCCAGCAGUGCUAGAUUUGCUACGACAGUCUGAAUUUUAUUAUAUUUCUCGACUUAGGCGUCUACACCUGGAUCAGGCAUUAUUAGAAGCUUUGAUCGAGCGAUGGAGACGGGAGACCCAGACAUUUUACUUCCGCCACGGUGAGAUGACGAUUACACUUCAGGAUGUGGCGGUUAUUUCGGGUCUUCGUGUCGAUGGAGCGCCGGUCAUUGGGACUACAGUGUAUCCAUGGCCAGAUAUUUGUCAGGCGCUUUUAGGGGUUGUGCUGGAUGACAUCCGAGCUGGGCAGAUUAGAUUAGAUUGGAUAUACCAGCAGUUUCAUCAUCUACAUUUGGAUGCUCUGGUUGGAUUAGUUGCAGCCACUGCACGUGCAUAUAUAUUAUAUCAGAUUGGCUGUAGCCUAUUUCCAAACCCCACCGGAUAUAGGGUUCAUCUUAAGUGGCUGCCACUUAUAGCAGAUUUUGAUGCAUGCGGCACUUUAGCCUGGGGUGCAGCAGCACUGGCCUAUCUAUAUCGAGCUUUAGGAUCGGCUGCAUUAAAAGGAAAGGUCGAAUGCUGUUGCUUCGCGACAUUAGUACAGAUUUGGGCGUGGGACCAUCUACAUGUCGGCCAACCUACUAACGCUGGAGCUGUUGCCGACAUGGCUGAUUGCCCUAUGGGUUGCCGGUAUGACAUAAUAUUGGCUUUUUCACAAAUGACAUGGCGGCCGUACACAUAUGCUAUUAUAGAUACGCUACCUGCAUUCUGUGUACAGGGCAGUGAGGUAUGGCGAUCUCGGACGACACUGAUUUGUUUUCAUAUCGUCGAGCUUCACGUGCCGGAUCGAGUCCUACAGCAGUUUGGUCUCCUCCAGCAUAUACCCAUUCCGGUGGAGACCAUCCGGCGCUACACUUCUCAGGGGCGGCCAGAUGAGGAUUGGGCUCACUUUCAUGCUGCACACAUCGAGAGAUGGGGAGAUAGAUUACAGGCCAUUAUUGACCAGCAUCCGAUUGUCGGUGAUGAUCCAGUACAGGCGACCUCGAUUUAUAUGGAGUGGUACUGGCAGAUCACGAGACGAUGAAUUUCUCGUCCAAUACAGCGUCCACCAUUGACUUACCAGCCUCGUGACCAGACAGAGAGAGCUUUGGUGGACGCUAUGCGAUAGACACAGUGUAGCAUCAGGAGCCUAGUUCAUGAUCGACCUUCUUACGAUGCGGUGAUGGAGGUAUUGACGGGUAUCGAUAUUGAUCUUGAUAGUGUACUGGAGUCUUGAUAGUGUACUGGAGUACAUUCCUACUAUACCUGUCGCCACUGAUAUCAGAGGCCGAGAUUUUGGACAUGCAUCGACAUCGGGUCAUCACCACCGUCAGACACCGACAUCUGCUGGAUCUCCAUCUCCUAGUGAUGUUGCUGAUAUACCCGCCGCCCCUGAGAGAUUUCCUACUAGGCCAUUGGACUUGGACUUGCUUUUGCCGCCGCCAGUCUCUAGAGAUCACUUUACAUUCGUCUAUUCUCGACGUCAUGCCGCGUCUUCAUCACAGGCCAGCCCAACAUCUAGACCAGCCACUAUCGAGGAGACUCAGGCGAUACCGGAGCAUCGCGAGGGCGUUAUGAUUGCGGAUCUCAAUGCGAUGACCGAUAUCGAGGCAAUUGAUGACAUACCUAUUGCUAAUCUCGUUGUAGAGGGUGCCGUAGACGUGGACGUGGCCGUGCACGAGGACGUGGCCGAGGACGUCGAGGGAGAGGACGAUCGAGAGGCUGAUUGUAUAUUUUUUAUUUAGAUAACUUAGACUUUGUAUAAUAUCAUAUAAUACUUAAUUUAGUGCAUAUUUGUAUAUUUCUCGGAGUUUUUUUUGAUAUUUUUAUCUUGUUGAUUGUAUCUUGCUAUUCCA